GGAAAGCUCCAGAGAAACAUGAUGCCCAAGACUUUAGCGAAGAAGAGACAACUGGUUUUAGCCAUGAGCAAACGGAGACGUCGGGAAAGGACUGAACAUCCAAUGAGGCUGACCAGCUGCAUUUUUAAAAGUGCCGUCACCAAGGUUACUGCCCAUCCUGACAAUGUGGUCAGGCGCAGGCGGCAGGAGGAGACCUUGGAGAAGCCCCAGCAGAUAAGUGCCUACAGAAGACUGCAGGGACUCCAGGCCUGCAGCAGUGAAGGGGAACUUCUAUCAUGCAAAUCUGACUUCCAACUUGUAAAUACUUUCGAUGUGACAAAUAUGAUGAGGAUAACUGCACCAGGAAGUGUAGGUGAAUGCCUGGGCCAUGCUGGUCCUGGGUCUCUACAUACCAGCCCCCAGCCCAGGGCAGCACAAUUGUUACAUUGGGCAGAGAAGAUCCCAGGAGCAGGUCUCUGUGGCUUACAGCUUCUCUGCAAGAAGGUGGUCACCCAUGGAGACAUCCAGAGACAGAUUCUCAGAGUGAAGAAGGCAAGAGAGAGACUGGCUAUGACUUUGAGGGCAGACAGGCUGGCCAGGGAGGCAGAGAGCCAGGAGUGA